AAAAAAACCAAACCGAAACCGAACCGAUAUCCGGAUUGAACACCCCUAGUAAAAAAUUUAAAAUAUGGAACUUUAAGGAAUGAAAGGAGUAUUACAAAAGAAAAGCAUUAUAUACAAUGGAUACGAGCGUCUAACUGUAUUAAAUAUAUUUUAUUUUAUGAAUACUCCAACAGAAAUAAAAGGAGUUACAAGGGAAAUCUCUGGAAAGCAUAUUAGGUGGGUUUGGUCCCGAUUAGGCAAAGAAGUUCAACACCCUUUCGAUGCCAAUUCCAAAUCCAAGCACGUAUUUUCGAAAGAUGAGAAGAAGUAAAUAAUAAUUAAUAGACAUAUGUAAAAUAAAUUAACGUAAUAGUUGCAUCUUGUUAGUUAAUAUCAUUAACUGAUUUUGUUUUUGUUAUCUAUGGUCCGUGUACUAUUAUUUGUGAAUGUAUUAUAGAUUGGAGAAAGAAAAAAAAACUAUCUGUCCAUUGUCAUCAUGAAUAUUUAGCCAUUUAGGGUUGUGGACUUUACCUAACAGCACAAGAAUCCUAUGAAUUAUGAAACACGAAGAAUUCAUUAAGAAAAAAACAAAGGCUAAGGAACAAAAAGCAGAUGUUAUAUGUUUUGGUGGUUGUGAUAUUAGGUUAUCCACCUAUGAGCAACCUUAAGCUAUGCCAUACACACACACAUAUUAUAUAUGUUUACAGACACAUAUAUGCAUCUAAAACUAAAACUUAAGUUAUUGAAAAUUUCACAGUUGCGUCAAUUAUGGAGAAGACGUCGAAGAAGCUAUUUAUUUUCAAUCUCUGCAUCAAUUUUGGUAUUUUAGUAACAAGAAGAUGCAACGCAACUACAUACUUUGUGGGAGACACGUCCGGUUGGGACAUAAGCUCCGAUCUUGAAUCUUGGCCUUUAGGCAAGCGAUUCUCUGUCGGUGAUGUUCUAAUGUUCCAAUACUCAUCGUCGCAUAGUGUCUACGAAGUGGCGAAAGACAACUUCCAAAGCUGCAACACUACGGACCCCAUCCGUACGUUCACAAAUGGGAACACGACCGUUGCUCUGUCCAAACCGGGAGACCGGUUCUUUGUAUGUGGUAACCGGCUCCAUUGCUUUGCUGGUAUGAGGCUACAAGUCAAUGUCCAAGGCAAUGGCCCAUCUCCGGCCCCUGUGGGCGCUCCACGGGCCGCCCCCGCAGGAAUUCUCCAGCCAUCUUCUAAAAAGAAUAACCCUGCAACCGGGGUUGCUAGCUCGGCUGCCCAUAUUGGUGGCCGCGGUCUGAGGGGCAGUAUGAAUUAUUUUGUAUAUUUGAUGGUUUUUACUUUUCCGUUAAUAUUGUAUUUUAUUAACAACUAAAAUAUAAGAGUUUUCAUAUAGUAUACUUAAGAGUUUCAAUAUACAGUAAUGUAUAUAUAUUCUCUGAUUUAAAUGCGUACGAGAGUGAGUAUUCGGUUUGGUUUGAUAUAUUUUUGUUAUUUUUGUAACAAUUGGUUUGAAGAGUAUGACUAGAUACAAACCAAAAAUGUUGGUGGUUUACGUUAUUCUGUGUGUGAUUUUGGAUAGACAUAUUUUAAGAAACUAAUAAUAAGUAUAUGUUCAUC